AUGCAAUUGUUUAGCAUCGCCGCCUUCUUGGCGCUUCCAUCUCUCGGGAGCGCCGAGUACCUCAACACUCGGCAAGCCCCAGAGGGGGAGACCAAUAACUCCACGACGCCUGUUGCUCGUAGCUUCAUUAUUGAGUACACUCAAGGUUCUGCCAAAGCUCGCCGUGAUGUUGCAUUGUCAGCCGAUAUCAAGAUCGUCAAGGAUUUCGAGACCGACAUCUUCUCGGGUGCCAGCAUCGAGACGGACACCCACAACAUCGAUACGCUCCAAAACCUUGCCGGCGUUGCUCGCGUGUGGCCCAACACUCGCGUGACCUUGUCUCCUGUCGAGGGCUUCCAGGCAAUUGAGGGUGCUGCUGCUCAGAAUUACACUACCCACAACGCGACGGGCGUGAGCAAGUUGCAUGACAAGGGCAUCUUUGGUAAGGGUGUCAAGGUCGGUGUCGUUGACUCUGGCACCUGGUACAAUCACCCCGCUUUGGGUGGUGGUUUUGGUGAAGGCUUCAAGGUUGCGGGUGGUUAUGACUUUGUUGGUAACGGCAUCUGGCCAUAUGAAGACAAGAGUCCGGAUGACGAUCCGCAGGACCAGAUGGGCCACGGCACUCACGUCAGUGGAAUCAUCGCCGGAAAGACCGAUUUCUGGACCGGUGUUGCUCCCGAGGCCACCCUGUACUCUUACAAGGUUUUCGCGCAGAUCGACUCCACAGAUGAUGCCACCUUGAUUGAGGCUUUCCUGCGAGCCUAUACCGAUGGGGUCGAUAUCAUUACUGCCAGCAUCGGAGGUCCUUCCGGAUGGUCUACGGGAGCCUGGGCUGAGGUCUCCUCACGCCUGGUUGAGGAGGGAAUCGUUGUGACGAUUGCCAACGGCAACUCAGGUGCUGCUGGUCCCUUCUUCGCAAGCAGCGGGUCAUCCGGCAAGAACGUUCUGGCGGUCGCUUCAGUUGAGACCGAGACAUUCCCGGCUUCGCCCUUCGAACUGACCUCUACUCUUGAUGGAAAGACGGAGACUGUGAAGGCCGGAUACCUUCCAUCCACUUACUACUUCUCAUCUGACGUAGUUGACUGGCCUGUCGUUCCCUUGAACUUCGACACCACCGACCCGGCGGAUGCUUGCGAGCCUUACCCUAACGGUACUCAGAGACUCACGGGCAAGAUCCCUCUUGUCCGCCGCGGCACAUGCACUUUCGCCACGAAGCAGGCCAACUUAGUUGCGCUUGGCGCUGAGUACAUCCUCAUCUACAACAAUGACAGUCCUCUCAUUACGCCAGGAACAGAUGAUGAUGUUGGUCUGAUCGGUCUUAUUACGGCGGAUGCCGGUGCUGCUAUCACCGACACCGUGAAGGCGGGCGGUAACGUCACCGCUGACUUUUCCGUCAACCCGGAGCAGAUCGUCGGGCUGGAGUAUCCAGCCGGUGGACGGCCCAACACGUUCACAUCGUGGGGCGGGACUUAUGAUCUUCAGAUCAAGCCUGACAUUGCCGCACCCGGUGGCCAGAUCUUCAGCACCUAUCUUGACAAUACCUAUGCCAUUCUGUCCGGCACCUCCAUGGCAACCCCUUACGUCGCCGGUGUUGCGGCACUGUACAUCAGCGCCCACGGCGGUCGGUCUGUUCAUGGCAAGGGCUUUGCCAAAGCAUUGCACCAGCGCAUCAUCGCAAGCGGAACGUCUCUCCCAUGGUCCGACGGGACGGCCACCGACUACGGAUUCUCCGCGCCCGUUGCACAAGUUGGAAACGGCUUGAUCAACGCGUUCAAGAUCGUCGAAUAUGCGACCGAUCUCGCCUUCGAGAAGAUUUCUCUGAAUGAUACCCAUUUCUUCAGCCGUUACCACGACAUCACUGUCACCAACAACGGAGACAAGGACGUGAGCUACAAGCUGUCGUACGAGGCUGCUGCUGGUGUGGAAAUUCUUGGAUGGUAUCCCUUUGUGGAGCCCUGGGCUGGUGAGAAGAGGGUCAAGAGCUUCUCUGAGCUGACGCCCACGAGUCUUGCCGUCGAGGUUUCUGUUCCUAGAGAUUUCACACUCAAGGCAGGAGAAAGCAAGACGGUUUCCGUCAGCUUCCCUAACCCUGACGGCCUGGGCUGGAACUCCUCCGCCUUGCCCCUUUACAGUGGCAAGGUCAUCGUUUCGGGCAACAACGGUGAACAGCUGUCUGUCCCCUACUUUGGACUCGGAGCCAACUUGAAGGCUGAGAUCAGCCCCAUCUACCGCCCCAGCUAUCCUUUCACUACCCAAAGAGACUACGUCUACUCUUUCAACCUUGACAGAUUCGCCGCCGACUUCCCCAUAAUCUACUCCAAGCUCAUUUGGGGCAGCAAGGAGGUUCGUUGGGAUAUCUACGAAGCCGGCUGGACAGAGAGACAAUGGGAAUAUCCCCCGGUCCCAGGCAAGAACGGAUACAUCGGGCCGGCUACCAGCCACGUCGUCGCCGGAAGCGUCUCUUACUUCGACCCCGACGUCUACGAUCCCGAUGACACUUGGACGUAUCCCAAGGUCGACCUGUACCGCAACGCCCAAACUCAGGCUUCAUACCACGAGUUCUGGUGGUUUGGUAAGCUGGGCAACGGUAGCCAGAUCGAACUCGGAAACUACACAAUGCGGUUCGCCACUCUCAGGCCUUUUGGUAACCCGGCGGCUUCCGACAACUGGGAUGUCUUCCAAACUCCUCAGAUCCAGGUGACGGGCAAGUACGAGAGGAGAGGCUAG